GUGGCGGCAUAUGUAUCGUCUAUGUACGCAUCAAUUGAUCAGCAACGUCGGAAUCUCGACAUCAUCACCGCACGUCCAAGCUCCUCCUCCGAUAGCCGCGAUGGCAAAACCUCGGCACCACGCGACACUUGGAUUCCAUUAACUCGCACCUGCUCUACUACCCAUCUUUCCAUGUACAUUGUUAAUACCACAUACAACUGCAUAGGCAUCCAUACAUCUCUCCGCACAUCUCACCUCAUUCAGCGCCUCUCUGUACUAUACUCUGUUAUCCUCGAUCGUCGUGUCCGCACCCCCGUCGCGAUGACAAAGUCUAUUUCCAAUGCUGUAGAACAUUCUCGAAUGCCGCCCGCCUCUGCAAACAACAGCUGUGCAAACUUCCACAGUCUCUCAAACCCACAUACUAGUACAUGUAUUCACUCAAUCCCAUUGUGCGCAUGUUCCGGGUACUUUGAACUCCAUUCUUAA